ACCAGAUCCACACAAGGGACCCGAUACGGAGGCCUUCAAUUCUAAGAAUGACCACCUACAAUUCAAGAUCUUUCACCCAAAGUAAAGCCUUAACAGGGAAAUCUUCAGCCAUAGCAACGCUCAUGACACACAUCCUAGCCUCAUAUCCGCUCAUGAUGUAUACUCCAAAUUCAUCCCCGCCAUUCAUCCGCCCCUACUCUCUGUCGCAGCACCCACACACUCAAAGCCACGGGUUCGAGUCCCUGACAACCUGCGCAAGCCUCAUGCAAAUGCUUUCCAGUCGCGCACCCGGGGGUCGAAAACUAUUCUGGAAGAACGUUGGACUUGAGUGUGAGAGGUUGCAAGUCGAGCUGGUCGCCUUUGAUAAGUAGGCUUUGUUGUCCGCCAUGCAAUCAUUGACGGUCUAUAUCCUGGUCAGGCUGCAGGAAGGAGAAACACCAGACAACAACCACGACGUCUUGCUCUUGUCGACUCUCUGGGUAAGUCCGCUGGAAACCAUAUAUGUCGCGUGCUGCUCAUAGGAGGUAGAUA